ACCACUUAUGCCAAUCCUCAACCUCGCCUUUCCUCCAAACGACGUCCACUGUCUCUGAUCGAGCCAUCCAACGUCUCGACCGCUCCUUCGUUUUUUUCUCUUCUCUUCCAGGCUACCUAAUGACCACUUGUUGAUUCCGAUUGCGACAUCAAACACAUCUGCUACUGCGAAAGCAUCAAAGGGUGACCGCGGGACAGGCUACAAUUUAUCCAAGUUCUGCUGUCCUUUUGUUUAGCCGCUCCUUCUCGGAGACAUAUCCACCUGGUCACUUAUUUCAACAUCCUUAAUUCGCGAUGGAUCUAUCUUCGAACGGUUCAGCUGGCUCGCCGCCUCCCUCGGCUCCCCAAGCUACCAGCCCAACUAUGGGGAAUGACGCAAGGAACAUCGUCCGACGAAAGCUUACCGGUUAUGUGGGCUUUGCGAACCUGCCGAACCAAUGGCACCGUAAGAGUGUUCGCAAGGGCUUCAACUUCAACGUUAUGGUCGUUGGUGAAUCUGGUCUCGGAAAGUCUACACUGGUCAACACUCUUUUCAACACUUCCCUGUACCCACCCAAGGAGCAAAAGGGCCCCAGCCUCGACAUCAUUCCCAAGACUGUCACCAUCCAGUCAAUCAGCGCCGAUAUCGAGGAGGCCGGAGUCCGUCUACGUCUGACUGUCGUUGAUACCCCCGGUUUCGGUGACUUUGUGAACAACGAUGAGUCGUGGCGACCAAUCACCGACAACAUUGAGCAGCGUUUUGAUGCCUACCUGGAUGCCGAGAACAAGGUCAACCGUGUCAACAUUGUGGACAACCGCAUCCAUGCUUGCGUCUUCUUCAUUCAGCCCACAGGUCACUCGCUUAAGCCUUUGGAUAUUGAGGUUAUGAAGCGACUCCACACCAAGGUCAACUUGAUCCCGGUCAUUGCAAAGUCGGACACCUUGACCGACGAGGAGAUAUUUGCUUUUAAGCAGAGGAUCUUGGCCGAUAUCAAGCACCACAAGGUUCAAAUCUUCGAGGGCCCUCGUUACGAGCUCGAUGAUGAGGAGACCAUUGCCGAGAACAACGAGAUCAUGUCAAAAGUUCCUUUCGCUGUCGUCGGUGCGACUAAUGAGAUCACUAAUGCUGAUGGGAGGAAGGUCCGUGGUCGUCGUUACCCAUGGGGUGUCAUCGAGGUGGACAACGAAGAGCACUGUGACUUUGUCAAGCUGCGCCAGAUGCUCAUCCGGACGCACAUGGAGGAGCUCAAGGAGCACACAAACAACAUCCUCUACGAGAACUACCGCACAGACAAGCUCAUCCAGAUGGGUGUCUCGCAAGAUCCUAGUGUGUUCAAGGAGGUCAACCCGGCUGUCAAGCAGGAGGAGGAGAGGACCCUCCACGAGCAGAAGCUCGCCAAGAUGGAGGCUGAGAUGAAGCUCGUCUUCCAGCAAAAGGUUGCGGAGAAGGAGUCUAAACUGAAGCAAAGUGAAGAGGAGCUUUACACCCGCCACCGGGAAAUGAAGGAGCAGCUGGAUCGUCAGCGUGCAGAGUUGGAGGAGAAAAAGGCACGUGUCGAAAGCGGCCGGCCGCUGGAGAAGGAGCCCAAGAGGAAGGGCUUCUCACUCCGUUAAAUUGGCGGAAAGAUUGCCUGCUUCCUCUGCCACGAACUUUGCCCCCCCGUCUCCUCUGUACUCAUGAUGUCUCCACAAUACCACUCACAAGCCCGACGCUUCUUUCCUUGUUUUUGUUCACACUUCUUUUUUCUUCGGUUCUCCCACUUUUAAUCACACUUGUUUAUUUGUCAAUCAAAAUACCCUCCAUAAGAACGGAAAGACUUGGGCGUUUUCUCAGCGCGGGAUGGGGAAUGGAAGUGACGGAAAAGCACCCCAGCUUCACAGCACCACACAAAAAAAAAACAAAAAAACAAAGAAGAUGAGACUGUCAAAUCAUGAUGGGCUUCCCAAGAGGCCGUUUUGGGGGCGGAUGCUGAUGGUUUGAUGCUCGUUCGGUUGGUCGGUCUUGAACACUUCUGGUCGAUAUAUUGUUGGGUUCGAUGUUUUGACAGAUUCUCCUUUCUCUUUUCCUUCGUACCGGCGCGCACGUCCUGCAUGCAUCAAUGCUGCAUUUUGAGUUUUAGUGUUUGCCUAGUAUUUGAUUUGCCUCCAACUUGAGGUAACUGGCAUGACAGGAGCUGUGUGUUCUUAAUUAAGGUUUCAUCUCAUUGUCCAUGUUCUCAAACUCAGAAACCGAAGGGUAUAGUUAUACAUUCAUCGUCAAUGCCUUAGAGGGCUUUUGCCACGACGG